AUGGUCAAGGUGGCGGGAGGUGGAUUCUUGUCUACUUUGGGCCGUGCUAGAGGAGUCGAGAUCGAGAUUGCGGGGCAGUCAAUGCCAGCAGACUUAGUCAUCAGUCCGGUGGAGCUGUAUGACGUUAUUCUCGGGAUGGACUGGUUGUCACACUACAGAGUUCAUCUGGAUUGCUACAGAGGUAGAGUGGUCUUCGAGCGAGAUGCAGGGAGGUUGGUUUAUCAGGGAGUGAGACCGACUUCCGGGAGUAUUGUGAUAUCUGCUAUUCAGGCCGAGCAGUUGUUAGAGCGGGGCUGUGAGGCGUAUCUGGCGACGAUUUCUAUGUCUGAGUCAGGAGCUGGAGUUGUUAUGGGAGAUAUUGAGGUUGUCCAGGAUUUUGAGGAUGUCUUUCAGUCACUGAAGGGAUUACCACCAUCUCGGUCUGAUCCUUUCACGAUUGAGUUAGAGCCGGGGACAGCACCGAUAUCGAAGACGCCUUACAGGAUGGCGCCAGCUGAGUUGGCAGAGCUGAAGAAGCAGAUAGAGGACCUUUUGUCUAAGGGGUUCAUUCGACCGAGUGUUUCACCGUGGGGAGCACCGGUGUUGUUUGUGAAGAAGAAGGAUGGGAGUUUCAGACUUUGUAUCGAUUACAGAGGUCUUAACCGAGUCACUGUGAAGAACAGGUACCCACUCCCGAGGAUUGAUGAGUUGUUGGAUCAGUUGAGGGGUGCUACUUGGUUCUCCAAGAUUGACUUGGCAUCGGGGUAUCAUCAGAUCCCGAUAGAUGAGGCAGAUGUCAGGAAGACUGCUUUCAGGACGCGUUAUGGGCAUUUUGAGUUUGUGGUUAUGCCUUUCGGUUUGACUAACGCGCCGGCAGCCUUCAUGAGAUUGAUGAACGACGUGUUCAGGGAGUAUUUGGACGUGUUCGUCAUCAUUUUCAUUGAUGAUAUUCUGGUAUACUCGAGGAGUCAGGAGGAGCAUGCGACUCACUUGAGGUUGGUUCUGGAGAAGCUUCGGGAGCAGAAGCUUUUUGCUAAGUUGAGCAAGUGCAGUUUCUGGCAGCGAGAGAUGGGAUUUCUUGGCCACAUUGUUUCUGCAGAGGGAGUUUCUGUGGAUCCGGCUAAGAUUGAGGCUAUCAGAGAUUGGCCUAGACCUAGUAGUGCCACCGAGAUCAGGAGUUUUCUGGGUUUGGCAGGAUACUACAGGAGGUUCGUCAAGGGGUUUGCUACCAUGGCGCAGCCGAUGACGAAGUUGACUGGGAAGGAUGUCCCGUUUGUUUGGUCAGCUGAGUGUGAGGAGAGCUUUAGUCAGCUCAAGGAGAUGUUGACUACUACACCAGUGUUGGCGUUACCCGAGCCAGGGAAGCCUUACAUGGUGUAUACAGAUGCUUCAGGCAUUGGUCUUGGUUGUGUGCUGAUGCAGGAGGGCAGAGUGAUAGCAUAUGCUUCGAGACAGUGGCAGGGCAGUGAGCGUAACCGUCCUACACAUGACUUAGAGUUGGGAGCAGUGAUCUUCGCGUUGAAGAUUUGGAGGUCUUACUUGCUAGGUGAGACAGUACAGGUGAGCAUUAACUACCAUCCGGGCAAGGCUAACCUAGUGGCGGACGCGUUGAGUAGACGGAGGUAUGAUUCCGCAGUUGAGCGAGAUGUGGAGUCUCUAGUUGGCGAGAUCAGUACCUUGCGUUUGUGUGCCAUUUCGCAGGAGCCUUUGGGUUUAGAGGCAGUGGAUCAGGCGGAUCUACUUAGCAGGAUCAGAGUUGCUCAGCAGAGUGAUCAGAGUUUGCUAGAUGCGACGAGAGUGACUGGUUCUGAGUAUGAGGUCUCUGCGAAUGGGACUAUCUUGGUUCGUGGGCGAGUUUGUGUGCCUAAGGAUGUGGAGUUGAGACAUCAGAUUUUGGGAGAGGCUCACGCGAGCAAGUUUUCCAUUCAUCCGGGAGCGACCAAGAUGUACCAUGACCUCAAGAGGUACUAUCAUUGGGUCGGGAUGAAGAGGGAUGUAGCAGACUGGGUUGCGAAGUGCAACACUUGUGCCUUGGUGAAGGCAGAGCAUCAGGUUCCGGGUGGUCUUUUGCAGAGUUUACCCAUUCCAGAGUGGAAGAAGUUUGUGCGAGAGAUUGUGAGGCUGCAUGGAGUGCCAGCUAGUAUUGUGUCAGACCGUGAUCCCAGAUUCACUUCAGAGUUUUGGAGGCGUUUCAGGCAGAGAUGGGCACUAAGGUGCAUUGAGUACAGCUUAUCAUCCGCAGACAGAUGGUCAGUCAGAGAGGACUAUUCAGACUUGGAGGAUUUGCUGAGGAUGUGUGUGUUGGAUUGGGGUGGCCAUUGGGCAGAUCACCUGAGCUUAGUUGAGUUUGCAUACAACAACAGCUUUCAGGCGAGUAUUGGCAUGGCUCCAUUUGAGGCUUUGUAUGGGAGGCCAUGUAGGACACCCCUAUGCUGGACCCAAGUGGGGGAGCGCAGCAUGUAUGGAGCUACUUAUGUUCAGGAGACGACAGAGAAGGUCCGUGUUGUGAGGCUGAACAUGAAGGAGGCUCAGGACAGGCAGAAGAGUUAUGCAGAUAGACGCAGACGAGAGCUUGAGUUUCAGGUUGGAGAUAGAGUUUAUCUCAAGAUGGCUAUGUUGAGGGGUCCUAACAGAUCCAUAGCAGAGAACAAGCUGAGUCCGCGUUUAUGGGUCCGUUUCCAGUAG